UGAUACCAAUCUGAAACCAAAGAAAAAAUCACAAUCUUAGCCAUCUCUCUCUAUUCCCCCCCACAAAGUCUUCUCUGAAUUUCUCCAACCUCUGUUUCUUGAGUUUUUUUUAUUUCUCUUUUAAUCAUCAAAGUCUGUUUCCUUCUGCUUCUUUGGAUUGAGUUUGAUCAUCAGAUUCUUGUUUCUUUGCUCUGUGAUUGUACUGUGUGUGUUGUUGACUGCUUUUGUGUUUGAGCCGAUGAAGUUGUAAUUCUCUGUUUUCAAGAAACCUCAUGGGUUGCAUAAUCUCCAAGAACAAGUCUCCAAAGACCAAACAUCAUCAUCUUCCACAACUGAAAGAAUCAUGGGAGAAACGUUCUUCCAGGAUCAAUUCUUGGAGAAUCCAAGAUUCGAGCCAACAGAGCAAAGAUGACCAACAAGAAAGAGACGCUAAAUUGCAAUUGGUCGAAUCUGAAAAGCUCAGUUCUGAGAAACAUCCAGAGAUUCCAGAGAUUGGUGAUACAGAUGACGAUGAUGAUGAUGAAGAAGAGGAAGAUAGUACUACUCCACAUCCUAUGCCAAAGGAGGAAGCACACGUGGCGGCUUCUCCAGGGUGGCCUGCUUGGCUAGUCUCAGUAGCUGGUGAAGCCCUUGUUGGUUGGACUCCACGACGUGCUAGUUCCUUUGAGAAACUUGACAAAAUUGGUCAAGGUACUUACAGCAGUGUAUACAAAGCUCGUGAUCUUAUCAACAACAAGAUCGUUGCUCUUAAAAGAGUUCGGUUUGAUCUAAGCGAUUUAGAGAGUCUUAAGUUUAUGGCUAGAGAGAUUGUUGUAAUGAGAAAGCUUGAUCAUCCCAAUGUACUUAAGUUAGAAGGCUUGAUCACUGCCUCUGUUUCAUCUUCUCUUUACUUAGUUUUUGAGUAUAUGGAUCAUGAUCUCGUUGGACUUGCUUCCAUACCCGGUAUCAAAUUCUCCGAGGCUCAGGUUAAGUGUUACAUGAAACAGCUUCUAAGUGGGCUUCAUCAUUGUCACAGUCAUGGUGUUCUGCACCGUGAUAUAAAAGGAUCAAAUCUACUGAUUGAUAGUAAUGGAGUCUUGAAGAUUGCGGAUUUCGGGUUAGCGACGUUUUUCGACCCGGGGAACCCUGCUCCAUUGACUAGCCGUGUUGUCACUCUUUGGUAUAGACCACCAGAGCUUCUUCUUGGAGCUUCUCAUUAUGGUGUUGGUGUUGAUUUGUGGAGUGCAGGGUGCAUCUUAGGAGAGUUGUAUUCAGGGAAACCGAUCCUCCCAGGGAAAACUGAGGUGGAGCAACUGCAUAAAAUCUUCAAGCUGUGUGGUUCACCAACAGAAGAUUACUGGAGGAAACUUAAGCUCCCACCUUCUGCUGCGUUUAGACCUGCGCUUCCUUAUGGGAGACGUGUAGCAGAGAUGUUUAAGGACUUGCCUACGAAUGUUGUUUCGCUUUUGGAGGCUUUACUCUCUAUAGAUCCUGAUAUGAGAGGCUCUGCAGAUUUAGCUCUUGAGAGUGAGUACUUUAGAACAGAGCCGUUUGCUUGUGAUCCAUCUUCUUUACCAAAGUAUCCUCCCAGUAAAGAGAUUGAUGCUAAACUCCGCGAUGAAGCAAAGAGGCAACAACGACAUGCACAUGAGAAGCAAGACUCUCAGACUAGAAGAUCACAUGAAAGGAAACUUAUACCGCCUGUAAGAGCUAAUCCAUCACUCACAGCGGCUAUGGAGAAUCCUUAUCUGAGAACAUGUGUUCCGGGUCAUUCAACAAGACAAAUGCAUAUCACAAAGGACAUGACUAGCAACAAUGCCACAAGUGGGAGAGUCUCUUACUCAGGUCCUAUGAUGAACAACAGGAAUCAAGGUCGGUUCACAUACGUGAAGGGCAAUGCAGCCCCUAGAAUACCUUCAAGCAGAAGUAACUCGGGAGGACAAAGCGUUUCACGUGUAGACACAAUUAGCAGAGAUCAACAAAUCAUGGAUCAGCAAAAGAAGAAUUUGAGAGCAUUCAACAGAACUGACACAAUGGAUAGUAAUAAGAGGCAAAUGAAAGUCCCAAAUGACCCGUCUUGGUAUGACUCUACGGAUAACAAAAUGUACAUGUCGGGUCCAUUGCUGGCUCAGCCAAGUAAAGUGGAUGAAAUGCUGGAAGAACAUGACCGGCAGAUCCAGGAAUUCACCAGACAGAAGGCAAAACAAUCCAGAAACUGAAUCAUGUGUCUCAAAUGAUUUGUGUAGUUUACCGGGGAAGGACAAAAACAGAGAACCAGUUUGAGUCUUGUUGUAUCAAAAAGAGUCUGAUGAGCUUUUGUCAGGUUCUUAGAUUUUGUAAAGUGUGUAAAAGGGUUUUAUAAAAAAAUCUCAGCUCUGUGAUUAAAUAGUUGUGUAUAACAUUUAUACAAACUCAUCAGAGUUUUAUCUAUGUGUCCAUACAUGUAUGUAGAGUCUUUAAUAUUAUAGAGAUGUGUACAUACACACAUGUUUUUAAAAGAAAGUUUAUAUAUUGUAUUCGUUACAAG